CUCUCUCACCUCAGAGUAACUAAUUUCUUCUUGAUAUAAACCUUUCCAACUCCCCCUCAGAAUAAUAGAAACCACCCCUCUCUUCAUGUUUUCUCCACAUCGGAGACUGUUCAGUUUCUGGAACAACAACAUGAGAUUCCAGAACCGCAAAAUGUUCCUAUCCAACGAGGACAUUCCCGUCCCCCCUCUCCACCGCACCACCCCUUCCCCACCACCAGCUGCCCGGAAGCACCUCCGUCCUCUCCUCUCCUCCGACGUGGCCUACACCUUCCUCAUCGUCUUCUCAGCUCUCUUCUUCAUCACUGUCCUCCUCCUGGCCGCGCGCGAGUUCUUCCUUCGCUACCUCCGCCGGAGCCAGCACCCGCCGUGCCGGAGGGAUGACGACCUCGCCGACAAGGCGCUGCAGGUGUGCUCCUACGGCAGCAUGGACGACACAAGGGCUGCGCAGGACUGCGCCGUCUGUCUGGAGGAGUUCCAGGAAGGGGACACCGUGAAAGUGACGCCACAGUGCGGGCACGUGUUUCACCCUAGGUGCAUUGACACGUGGCUCAUUAAUCACGUGACCUGCCCUGUUUGCCGGUGCGCUAGGAUUUACAAUGGGAUCCCCGAUGAUCGCGCGGCCGAGGAUGGCGGAGCCGGUAGACAAGCGGGGUAGCAGACUGAAAGCUAAAAACUGAAACUUGAUUGCGACAAUGAGUGAAAGUAAGAAUAAAGAAGCAGAUGUGGAUUAACGUUGGUUGGGGAUAAUUAAGAAGAGUGUGUAGCGUUAAGAGAACAUUUAAGUAUAAUUAUUCACAUUGUUUAACCUUAAGCCUCUCCAACAAUGAUCCACAACUGUUCCCAAAUAGUAUAUGUUAAUAAAAUUAAUUAAUUGAGUAAUCUUUUUAUUUUGUUCAUUGCUGAUUAUU